ACUCGCUGUCUUUUUCUCCCCCGUGAACUACGGUGGCGCAGAGGGGGCAGAUAUGGACCGGAAUGGUGGUGCCAAGGCUGAGUGGACCGAGCCAGCUCUCAGACAGGCUUCACUGAAGAAACAUGUUAAAGAUUCAUCACAUCUCUAAAGUAGCAAUAUUUCCAGCUUGGAGUGGUCAGCCGUCUUACAAGACGCAUGUUGGAAGUGAAAAUGAACGCUUUCUGUAAAGUUUUAGAGCAGUUAUAUAAGAAGGUCCUUCUCGGAGCCACACUUGAAAGUGACAGCCACAAGUACACCUUUUAUCUCAACCCAGCCCUUUCAGAUCAAGAGUGUGCUACAACCCUUUCCUUAGAGUGGCCAGACAGCAGGGGGAUGCAGGGCGCGCCUCAGCCUCCGCCUGUCCAGGUGACUGCCGUUCCUGGAGCAGGGGUACGUGUGAAGAGAAUCUCUCAGACAAGCGGUGCCCGGGAGACAGAGCUCCUUCAGCUAACUGUUAUCCACACGAUGAUAUCCAGGAUACUGUCUGCAGAGACUGAGAUCCAUGCCAAGGAGAAGUACUGCGAUAUAACUAAAAUUCUUUUGCACUCAAACGAGCUCGAUUCUACAUUGAUUCUCAUGGUCCAGAAUUCAGAUAAAUUGCUGUCUCAUAUGGCUGCAAAGUGUCUGGCAUUGCUUCUGUAUUUCCAGUUGAAAGAAAAGAUAACCUUAAGUAGUUCCUGGAUUGUUUUUUGCCAAAAUAAUCUUUCUGAAUACUCCGAGAAUAAUGAAGUAAUACAUUGCCUCUGGAUUCUUACAGCUGUAAUAAAAGAAAUCUUUAAAGACACAUGUUCAGAAAAAACAGAAAUUCUAAAGCAAUUCCUGGCUACUUUUGACGCUACUUUUGAAGUGUUCUACAAUUCCUUAUUUUCCCAGCAUUUUGAAUACCAUCAGGAUCCUUCUAAGAUAACAAACAGCUUAAUGAGUUUCUUGGACUUACUUGAACUUCUGAUAGCCUCCAGAAUCUACAUGAAGUUACAUUUCAGGAGCCAGAAGGUUUUAUUUUUGAAACCUUCGUGUGUGCUAGACAUUCUUGCCUGGCCUAUUCAAGCUUUUGUCAAAAGGAAGCUGAUCAUAUUUAUCAAAAAGUGCCUUCUGUGUAAGGCGGGUGAAGACCUGUGUCAUGCACCUGUGCUUGCCUUGACGUCACCCGACCAUCUUUUAGAUGUGGACAUGUUGGCUUUAGCUAAUGCUGUUUUACAAACUGUGGAUCUGGGUUUGUUGAAGACAUGGUCUGUUCAUGGAAAACGGCCUUACUUUGGAGGUAGUGAAGUUCAGCCUGCGUGUGAAGACAUCACUGGUCCAGACCAUGUGCUCCUUAGAGCUGCGAGCUUAGUUAUAGUGAAGUCCUUAGAAAUCAAGUUUCGAAACUGUUCCUCUGCAAAUGAAAUGAAAGUUGACUUGCAGAGGUUCAUGUCUGAGUUGCUGACCUUCUUAAAGCCUCACCUUCAGCCUUUUCUGCAGUUACACCACCCGUGUGAAUGGCUGUCCAGGGUCUUCAUAGAACAAGACGAUGAUAUGCUGGAGGCUGCCAAAGCGGUACUGAGCAUUUACCUAAAGCUGAUCAGAGAACGCGAAGCUCCCGGAAGUGUGACCCAAGAAAAAGAAACGUGGGUCCGUCACACACAUGAAAACGGCUAUAACCCCCACUGUAUUUUCACCUUCUUCUUAAAAAGUAUAGGAUUUGAUUCUACAGUUCUUCUUGACUUUUUAAUUUCAUCGGAGACUUGUUUUCUUGAAUAUUUUGUUAGAUAUUUAAAGUUACUACAGAAAGACUGGGAUGCUUUUUUCACCAUUUGCAAGGUCUUCGAUGCAGCCGAAUCUCAGCGUGGCAUAAAUCUCUGUGGCUGUGUCCCCUCACUUGUCCAAGACCGAAGCAGCGACCAAACACCGCCUCAUUGUUUGACUGCCCCUGAUAGACACACUCGUGCUUACACCUGCAUUCCCUGGGCUUCUGGGGAGUCUUCUGCGCCUCUGAAGCAGGCUGUGAUGUCCCAGGAGACCCGUACCGUGAGAGGUCAUGCUCUGUCUUCCCAGGCUUCUCGGAGUCUGGUCGAGUAUGACAGCUCUGAUGAUUCUGAAGCAGAAUCCACAGGCCAGUGUUUAGCAAACAACCAACACAUAUUUUUCCAACAAGCAAGCAAGAAAAUUCAAGACCCGGCUGAGACAAGUAGGGGUAAAGAAGAACUUAGCAUAGAGCCUCAGUCAAGCCUUCUGGUUCCAAAAGAAUCUACAGCUUCCUUCCCUAUGAACUAUGAAGUAGCCCCAAAUAAUACUGUCUCUGAACUAGGAAUAUUUCAUAGCAUAGUCAAAUGCUUUGAAGAGCUACAAGGUGCCAUUUACCGUUUGCAGAAGAAAAAUCUCUUCCCCUAUAACCCAGCUGCACUUCUGAAGUUGUUAAAACGUAUAGAGGCAGUAUAUAAUCAAAGUGUCAGCCUUUUGUAGAAUGUGGUAUUUUAUUUCCAGGAAUUGUUUUCCCUUAAUAUAAAUUGUGUAUUAAUGAAAUAAUAGUUUAAAAAGAAAAACACUGCAGAAGGGUUUUCUAUGUCAAGUCUUUCUUUUGCUUUAUUGGAAGCAGCAUAGUGCCUGUAAAAGAGACAUCAAAUGACAAGUCACUCGGUACAGUUCUGCAUCACUUGCAAAUCAUGGUGGUUCAAAGUUACACAAAAUUUGAAAUGGUUAUUAUAUCAGCUCCCUAGGGCUGCCAUAACAAAUUACCACAUCCUUAGCAGCUCAGAAGUGAAAUUGCUUCGCCAUUGGUUCUGGAGGCUGGAAGUGCAAAGUCAAGGGGUCAGCAGAACCAUGCUUUUCCUCAAGGCCAUAGAGAAGAGGCCUUCCCUGCUUAAUGCUGGGUGUCGCUUGCUUGUAUCUGCAUCACCCCAUUCUGUACCUCUCAUGAUGUUCUCCCUGGGGGCAUGUCUGUCUUAUAAGGGCACCAGCCAUGAUAUUAGGGCCCCCUAAUCUAGUCUGACUGCAUCUUGAUCAUAUCUACAAAGACCUCAUUUUUAAAGAUCCCACUCAUGGGCUCUAGUUGGACAUGAAUAUUGAAAAGACACCCAGUGUAGUUAUUACCUCUCUCUGAAGUAUUUACAUGUUAAAGUGUUAGAAAACGAAAAUUUGGGAGAAGUAAUUGGUUCUUUAUACAUGGUCUACUCUAUGAACAUAACCUUUUAAAAACCAUUUAGCAUAUAUAUUUGUACUUCAUGGGGUAUAGCAUUGCAAUUUGAUACAUUAUAUAAUAUUUAAUAACCAAAUCAGAGUAAUCAGUAUUUCCGAUUCCUCAAAUAGUAUCAGUUCUUUGUGUUGAGAACCUUCAAAUUCUUGCUCAAGUAAUUAUAAAAUGUAUAUGUUGUUGUAUAGUUACACUACUGCACUAUACAACACGAGAACCAAUUCCUUACUUAAGUGUAUUUUGGUACCUGUUGUCCAACCCCUGUUCCUUCCUUUCUCCUACUUCUAGUUUCUUGUGUUUGUGACCAACUUUUCUAGCUUCCAUGGAAUUGUGCGAAUAAACAGCGUUUAUCUUUCUA